GAGGCGGGCUCUGCCAGCCAGGAGGUUCGGUUGCGCGUGUGCCAUGGACUCAGCCGCCCGGUGAUAUUGACAAUAGGAGAGAGAAAGGGGCACUGACGGGGACCCUUAGCGGGUAGCGAACGGCGGCUCUGGCAGCGGCGGCUCCGGCGGCUCCAGCUUCCUCCUCCCGACUCCUGCGCUCGCUGCCGCCGCAGAUCCAGGCUUCCUCCCUCCUCCCCCUCCGCGCGUCGCCGCCGCCGCCGCCGCCGGGUCCGGUGCAACGAGCAGAGGCGCCGCCCGCCGGGAAUGUGAACGAAGAGCCGCCGGCCGAGCCGCAACCGGGUCGGUGCCGAUUUGAUGGGACGGGCUCGCGGGGGAGGCUCGUGAGGCCGCCGCUGCCACUGCCGGAACGCUGAGGUUUGGGGCCAGUCGAGAGGCCUAGAAGCACCGCCGCCACCGCGGAACCGGAGGGACGUCGCCCCGGACUGCCGUAGCCCGGGGCUCUCCGCCGCUGCCCGGACCUCCCCCUGUGCGUCCCGGGCCCCCGCCCGCCCCCGCCGCGGCCCCUAGCCUGCCGCCCUCCCGGUGCAGCCACAGAUCAUCUUCGAUUCUUCCCCAGGAGCUUCAAGUAGGGAUAUGUCCUCAGCACCAACUACUCCUCCAUCAGUGGAUAAAGUAGACGGAUUUUCUCGGAAGUCCGUCAGAAAAGCCAGACAGAAGAGGUCGCAGAGCUCCUCACAGUUUAGAUCUCAAGGCAAGCCCAUUGAGCUCACACCUCUGCCGCUGCUGAAAGACGUUCCAACCUCAGAGCAGCCUGAACUGUUCCUAAAGAAACUUCAGCAGUGCUGUGUCAUUUUUGACUUCAUGGACACGCUAUCUGAUCUAAAAAUGAAAGAAUACAAGCGCUCCACUCUUAAUGAACUGGUGGACUACAUUACAAUAAGCAGAGGCUGUCUGACAGAGCAGACUUACCCUGAAGUAGUUAGAAUGGUAUCUUGCAAUAUAUUCAGAACUCUCCCUCCUAGUGACAGCAAUGAAUUCGACCCAGAAGAAGAUGAACCUACCCUCGAGGCAUCGUGGCCCCACUUACAGCUUGUAUAUGAAUUUUUCAUACGAUUUUUGGAAAGCCAAGAAUUUCAACCCAGCAUUGCCAAAAAAUACAUAGAUCAGAAAUUUGUAUUACAGCUUUUGGAGCUAUUUGACAGUGAAGACCCCCGAGAACGGGACUAUUUAAAAACAGUCUUGCACAGGAUUUAUGGCAAGUUUCUCGGGCUUAGAGCAUUUAUCCGAAAACAAAUUAACAAUAUUUUUCUAAGGUUUGUUUAUGAAACAGAACACUUCAACGGUGUAGCUGAACUGCUGGAAAUAUUAGGAAGUAUUAUCAAUGGCUUCGCUUUACCACUUAAGGCCGAGCACAAACAGUUCCUGGUCAAAGUGUUGAUCCCUCUACACACUGUCAGGAGUUUAUCUCUCUUCCAUGCCCAGCUGGCGUAUUGUAUAGUACAGUUUCUGGAGAAAGAUCCUUCACUUACAGAACCAGUUAUUAGGGGUUUAAUGAAAUUUUGGCCUAAAACAUGCAGUCAAAAAGAGGUCAUGUUCCUUGGGGAGCUGGAAGAAAUUUUGGAUGUGAUUGAACCAUCACAGUUUGUUAAAAUCCAAGAACCUUUGUUUAAACAAAUUGCCAAGUGUGUUUCUAGCCCCCAUUUUCAGGUGGCAGAAAGGGCACUCUAUUAUUGGAAUAAUGAAUACAUCAUGAGUUUGAUAGAAGAAAACUCCAACGUCAUCCUCCCCAUCAUGUUCUCCAGUCUGUAUAGGAUUUCAAAAGAGCAUUGGAACCCGGCUAUUGUGGCGCUGGUGUACAACGUGUUGAAGGCCUUCAUGGAAAUGAACAGCACUAUGUUUGAUGAGCUGACAGCCACAUACAAGUCAGAUCGGCAGCGUGAGAAAAAGAAAGAAAAGGAGCGUGAAGAAUUGUGGAAAAAAUUGGAGGAUCUGGAGUUAAAGAGAGGUCUUAGGCGCGAUGGAAUAAUUCCAACUUAACAGCAAUCUGACUGCGACAUCACUAACCCAUGGGGUCACACGCUUAUGUAGUAGAAGGAUGGAGCAACAGUUUUCUGUAUUGUGCAACUUUACAGUAGAUUUCACAUUUGUCUCAUUAUUACAGCAGCACUGUAUAUACCUGUCUCUAAGUAAAGGAAACAUAAGGACUUCAAUCCAAAGUUUGGACAGUAGAUGGACUUCUCAGAACUUUGCAAACAUAAUCAUUGUUCUAACCCUCUUAAAAAAAAGAAAAAACAACAAAAGGUCUUCAGAGAUCUGUUGGUGAAAUUGCUAUGUUAAAAUUCCAUUAUCAGGAGUUCCUUAUUUAUCACUAGCAGAGAGUAUGAUACAAUUUUCAAAUGUGAACAAUCUUAAAUUUAGCUUGUCUUUCUGCUAAGCUGUUAAAUGUAUUUAUAGUAAAGGAAGAAAAGAUUGUCAUUCUUUAUAAGUUUGUAUAACACCCUCCUCUGGACAGCUUGACUGUAAUUUGACAUCCUUUCCUUUUGCACACCUUCAUGAGUCAAAUGUCCACGUGGAAUGGGGCAAUGAGUUACAGAGGUCGCUGGUGAAAUUUGUCUGCUGGGUGAGCAUCUUCCCAGUGCCCAGGUGUUGCCGGUACUCCUUUAGUUUUCAGAUCAGGAGUAACAAGAGGGGGGGAUAAGCAUAGUAGCAAAGGGAAUGUUGGGCUGCGUAUCAGAUAUGGUGAGUCCAAAUCAAUGUUUGAAUCCUUUGAAAACGGGCAGCAGGGCGCGCAGGCUCCAGCCCCUGCAGCACUAGCUGCAGUCGUCAUGGUGCACCCAGACCAGAGACAAUUUAGACAUGUCAGAGAAACGUCCUUUCCGACCCUAUGAAGUGAGAAAGACAGAACACUAAGCAUAUAACCAUGACGUUGAGCACCAGGACUGCGCAUCCAAUUGGGAACCGAGUGGAGCAAACAGCACGAACUGUUUGGAGUUGUUGCCUUACUUUCUAAUAUGUACUUAUAAAGUAUUUCCGCAAAAGAGGAUGCAGCCUCUGGGAGAAACAAAACAUGUUCAAGUGUUUUUUUGUAGAUUCUCGUUCAAUAGCUCAUCACAGCGCCAGCCCUGUUUUUAGCCAGAAAGGAUUCAGGAUCAACAUUAUGCAUUCUGAUAUGGAUGCAUAUUCCUAACUACUGUAUUUGUUACCAAAAGUGGUUCUACAAAUGCUACUGAAAAAAAUCUGGAAAUUCCUAAUGUCCUGAGUAUUAAUAAUAAAGUUUAAAAAAUACUUUUAUAUCAAAGGUGCAUCGUGACCAAAUUGUUUAAGAAAUAAACACAAAACUAGGGCUAUACUCUAGGUGUAUCUUAUUGGCUCUCUGUUCUGUAUUAAAGGAAGAAUCUUGCUUGAUAGGCAAAUUGCUGAUGUACUGGUGUGCAGUAUAUACUUGCCCCAUGUGGUUGCAUUGCUGUGUACUGGCAAAUAUGUGUUGGGGGAUUGGUUUCCUGGGAAGCUCUUGCUCAUUCGAGACAGGGCAGCAGCGAGCCCAUAACCCUGAACCAUCAUGUCCAGCAGUGUUCAUGACGUAGAGCUGAUUCUGUGUUCAUAUGUUGAGUUGUGAUCGUAGCUAACAUGAACACAUGAACUGUUGUUGCUCUCGUAGAAAUACCGUAUAGAUACGGGCUUGUAUAUUUCCUUCCUUUUAAGUGUAAAGUAGAAUAUGCAGCUUUGUUGUUUGCAAGAAAAAGGAGGGGAAAAGCCAUUGAUUGACCUUUCUCACUUAUGAAGUGUUUCCAGAUUGUCAGUCACAGUGUGUACAUAAAAGUAAACUAAUGAUGGGUGAUAUUUUCAUCUAGUACCUUUGGGUUUUUUUUUUUAAUGCCUUUGUUGAUUCUCAAAAGGAAACACAGUGUUUUGUUGUUGUUGUUGUUUUUUAAGGUGUGAGACCUCCAAGUACAAGAUGGUUCUGUGGAAUGACGAGGGUUUUAAAGAGCAUUAAGGAGGGUCCCGUGUUAGAAAUGUACUGGAGCAGAGGUGCAGGUUCACACAUUGAUGCUAAACCGUAGCCCAUCUCUUCUUUUAGCUUUUCUAUUUUAGCCAUUACUUUAGAUUUUCAUUACACGUAUCUUUGAUAGUAUAAACUCUGCUUGCCAUGACCUGUGCCCCUCGGGAUGAAAUAUGCUCAUUUGAGACGGGCGAGGUCAGGACCCCUCUCUGCACCAUGUCCUUGUCCUCUGUGCUGAGGGCGGACAGUGCCGGCACCCUGUCUGUCAGUUUUGUCUGUUGAUCAUUCCCAGCUGAGAAGAAUAAAGCUAAGCUUUAGACUAUUUAAGAUUUGUGAUUAGAGCUGUCUAAACUCACAGGGCAACUUCUGAGAAAAACCACUCAUCUUUCUUUUUAACUGAAAGUGACAAUAUGACACCUGUCAUGUUGUGUGUGGUAACGAGAAGCUAGCCCAGGUACCUGAUUGUUGCACUUUGUGACAUAUUUAAGGACACACUUGCUGCGUUUGCAGCAGCCCCUUGUCUGACCUUCCCUGGGCAAUCCUGCUGUCGCUUUCGUGAGUUAACUAUGACAAACUCAGCUCUGUGUUCUAUUUUGUUUGCUUCAUAGUUUCCAGAACUAUAUAUAAAUAUAUUUUUUCAAUAGCAAAUAUUGUAGUUAGUGAGUGGUGACCACUCCAACCUUAUCCCUACCAUAUUGGUUUCAGGGAUAAGACUUAGAGUGUCCUUGGGAAAAAAAUGAAAAUUUAAUUUCAAAUGUUGUGAUAGAAUGAUGCCGAGGCCGCAGGCCUGCCACGGCUGUGUGGGUGAAGCGAUCGUCUCCUCUGGAUCAAGCGUACACUCCUCAUUGCGCUCAUGUCCCUGGUGGUCCUCCCUCAUUGUUAUUGUCCUUUGCAAUUUUGAUUACAUUUUGUUCUUCCUGACAUUGACUGUUUUUUUUU